GUUUCAGCUCGAUAGAGAUUCCCGGCGGAGAUGGAACCCAGUCGCGGCGGCAGCAGGAAGAGGCCAGCCAGAAGCUCAAGAGCUCCGGCCAAAAUCCAAUCUCUCGACCACGACAUCCUCUGCAUCAUCUUCUCUUUUCUCGACUUCUUCGACCUCGCACGUUGUUCGGUCGUCUGUAAAACCUGGAGUGGUAUUAUCAACAAGUCCAAGUUGCUAGAAGCGCUCUACUACAAGAAGUGGCAGAUGGGUCUUGUGGGUGCUGAGAGUAGGUCUGGUGGGUGCCCUGAGAAAUCUUUGAAUGGUUAUUUGGAGGAGAUGGCUCUGCAGCAUCAUAGGGUGGCCUUAGAGCAAGGUCGGGUUCAUGUUGAUCACUGGAGAGCUCACUCUGUUGGGGUUGAUCAGUGCCGAAAAAAGAUGGGUUUGCUUCUUACUGGCAUUGGUGAUAAGGUUAUGCGCCUUUGGUCAUUGGAAAGCUAUAAAUGUGUGGGAGAAUAUCCCAUUCCAGACAAGGUCCCUUUAGUUGACUUUGAUUUUGAUGAAAGCAAGAUUGUUGGUUUGGUCGGCAGUCGUAUAUGCAUAUGGAGGCGGAAUGGGAUAAGAAGUAUAUUUCCCUCACGUGAGGGCACCUUUCCAAAGGGCUUAUGCAUGCGUUACUGUGAUCCUGAUGCUGUGGUUGGAUGUGUUGACGGGACAGCUCGAAUUUUUGACAUGUACAGUCAACGAUGUUCCCAAAUUGUGAAAAUGCAUGCCGGUCCAGUGACGUGCUUAUGUUUGAGUGAGGAUCAAUUGAUACUUAGCGGUUCUUCUCUUGGCAGUAUCAGUGUGUACGGAGUUUUAUCUGAUCAGCGGGUUGCAGAAUUAAGAUCGACACAUUCCACAGGCAUAAGGACUUUGUGUUUCAACCCCUCAUCACACCUGCUGUUCGCUGGAUCAACUUCUGGAUACGUAGAUUGUUGGGACAUUAGGACAUGGAGAAGUUUGUGGGAGACACGGGUGAGUCCAAAUGUGGUAUAUUCAAUGCAACACCUGAGAAAUGAUACGUCAAGCUUGGUUGUUGGUGGAAUAGAUGGUGUGCUACGUAUACUGAAUCAGAACACAGGUGAAGUAGUUUCAAGGUUUGUUUUGGAAGGCAACUUAUUAUCAAGUUCAAGUUCAAGUUCUCAUCAACACGUAGUUGGAAGUGGAACUGUCCAAAGAAUGAUAGGACGGAGGCUUUCACAAAAUGCUUCAAUUGACAGCAUUCCUAGAAGCAGUCGACCUCCCAUCACUUGCUUGGCGGUCUGGAUGAAGAAGGUUAUCACCACACACAAUAAUAAGUACAUCAGAACGUGGAAGUUCAACUAACCGAGAGAGGGUACUCUUUUUGUUAGCAUCUCAAAAUUCUGCAGCUUAAACUCAAGCACUGGGAGAAAAAUGAUUUUACCAGUUUGGUGCCCAACACCUGGGGUUAGUGGGUUGUUCACUUUCCUCCCUUCAAACACCAGGCAUUCUUGGUUAGAUGCUUAAUAUGCAAUCUGUUUUAGAGAUUCAACGAUGUAAAACCAUACAUUUUGAAAAAAAAAAAUUACGAUGUUUUAUAAAAAUACCAUGCCUUCAUUAU